UAAUUCAUAAUAAAACGAACCGUUGACUCGUCCAGUUGUAUAGAGAAAUGGUAUCGUUGCUUAAGGGAUUUUUUUUAAUGAUAUUAGAUGCAGGUUUGUGUAAAACAGUUUUUAAAACCUCUUCAACGGCUGGCAAAAUUAACGUCUCUCCGAUAGUAUUCGGUUUUCCGGAUUUUGCUAUAAGUAACGAGAUAUUGUAAGACGCCCGCAAACCAUCAUCAUUUCUUUGUGACGUCGAAGCGAACAUUCUGUCCAGUGUAG